AAUUGUAUACUAUUUUACUUGUUUUAUUUAUAAGAAUGUCUUAUGAUGGUUUUAUUUCAACAAAUGAUGAUGCAUCACACUGCAAAAAAUAUGCAGUUUCUAAAGGGUAUUGGUUUGACCCAUACAUUGAUUUGUUUGUGACUUCUUCGCCUGGUCGAAAGACACCAGAAAUUAGUAGAGGCUAUUACAUUAGACAUUGGUGCAUAAAAAGUUUGGUUGAACAAUUUUUAUUAAAAACAAAUUGCCAAUGUCAAAUUGUUAACUUAGGAGCUGGCUUUGAUACUUUAUUUUGGAACAUUUUAGAAAAGCAACUUGAACCAAAGCAUGGCUUUUAUGAAAUUGAUAUGCCGCAAGUUGUCAAAAAGAAAAAGUCUAUUAUCCUUUCUAAACUUCAACUGAAUAAAUCCUUUCUUUCAGAAAAAGUCAGAACUACAGACCUAACAUUAGAUACAGACACAUAUCACUUAAUGGCAUGUGAUUUGCGUGAAGUAAAAAGUAUUGAUGCUUCUCUAUGUGCAGCAGGCAUAUCAAAGAAAGUACCUACAUUAAUUUUAGCAGAAUGUGUAUUUGUCUACAUGGAUACUUCUUCUAUAAGUAAGUUGCUAAACUAUUUUACAGAAGAGUUCCCUAUUGUAUUACUUGCAGAUUAUGACCCAAUAAAUUUAAAUGACAAAUUUGGAGAGGUUAUGAGACAAAACCUUUCCCAAAGAAACUGCCCUUUAUUAGGCGCCUUUCCUGAUAUCCAAUCAAAAAAGCAAUUUUACAAAGUUUUCUCAGAUGUCAAUAUAAAACUUUUGAGUGAUGUAUAUAACAAUUUGCCUUCAAAUGAUAAGCAGAGAAUUGAACGAUUGGAAUUUCUUGAUGAAGUUGAUCUUCUAUAUGAAAUGUUACGGCAUUAUUCAAUUUCAUGGUCAUACAAUGCCCCUGCAGGAUUAUUAGACACAUUAAAGCUUUGAAGAACAGAUAUUUUUUGUAAUUUUUCUUUGCUAAAUAAGUUCAUUAUAAAUAUAUUUUUCAAUAGUGAUUUUGAUAA